AUGAAGAUUAGUGUUAGAACUGCAUCCCCAGAUAGCAAUACAAUGAACACAUUAAAGUUAAAAGCCCGGUCCCCAGCAGGCCUUAAGUGGUCAAGGGGUGCCAAGAAUCCUGGGAAGUAUGCAAUAGCGGAGGGAUCUUGCAGAAAAAUUCAGAAUGGCCCCUUUAUGGUACUUAGACUUGGAACGCUCAAUGUUGGAUCACUGACUGGCCGCAGCAUGGAAAUCGUAGAAAUGCUCGAGCGUAGAAGGAUUGACAUCUGCUGCCUCCCGAAACUCGAUGGAAAUCGAAUGGUGUUUGUCACGUCAACUCAGACAAAGAAAAAUAUAAACUAUUCUGGAAUGGUCAAAAGACAGCCAAAAAUGAUGUUGGAAUUUUUGUCAGAGAACCGCUAG